AUGGCAGAUGACGAGCCACUUUCUCCUCAGGGAGGCUACAUUGCUCCACCGAGCACACCAGCUUUCGCGGGAGAAGACUUCUUCGCAACGCCAACGUACGCAGAGAUCAUCAAUCAAGCUUCAGGACCACCAGAGUCGGAUUCUCGCCCAGUACAUGCACCUGUCCCGGUUUAUGAGAACGCGACUGUCCCCAUUCAACGGUGGGAGAGCGAACAGCAUAUCGACCAGCCGACGCGACCUCAUUCAGCUACUAGCUAUCAGCACCGCUUCCACGACUUCGACGCCGCUCGUCAGGCACUCACAGCGCCAGACGAUGCAGAAAGUCUGGUCAAGCUUUCCCUGGAGGCCGAAGACGACUGGCAAUACGUCAAGGAGCAACAACUCCACGGCUUUGCAGCACAGCUCUACGAUGCUAUCCAAGCCGAACCAGGCGAGCCACCAGAGGGCUUCACCGACUUCCAGCGUGCCUACUACUACGAGCACCAGUCCAAAGUCCUCGGCAACAUCAAGGAGAUGAUCCUCACCAAGCCUGACCACGCUGAGGCUAGAGUCAUGCUUCUCUUCGAAGAGCUCAUCAGCCUCCACGAGAAAGGGUUCCCUGAGGCUGCGCUCAGCCGCAGAACUACUACUGGAGGCAGUUUCGCGGUCGAGACCAACUUCAUUUGCUCGGCGAGAGCGGAGAAGGUCAUUGAGAUUGCUGGGGUCGACAAGUACGUGGCUCUCGACAUCCUUAAUGGUACCAACAUUACGGAUGUUGUGCGUUCGCCGAUCAGAUACCUCGAGCGCAAGCGACAGAACAGCCGGGUCAACGCAAAGAAGGCGGAGAACAACCGUAUUGUGGCGCAGGUGCAGGCCGUUCAGCCAGCUGCAAAGACCGUCAAGCCUACAUCGAACCAGACGGCCGCACAGCAGAUUGCUGAUGCUGCUGGGAACUGGUCUCGUUUGCCAGCUCCUCGCUUGCUUCCUGCUACGUCAACAACGAUGCCUCGAGCGGGGCCGGCCCCUCGCAUCAAGGCGACGCUGAAAAGAAAGGUCGCUGGAGACGACGGUCAAAGUGCAGCUAAGAAGGCGAAGAAUUAG